AUGACUGAUCUAGAGCCUCAGGCUAUUCGAGCUACUCAAACUCCAGAUGGAAUCACAACCAUCAUCAUCUCCCGGCCACAUCGCAAGAAUGCGGUAGAUGGAGCCACUGCGAAGAAGCUUGCUGAAGCAUUCUUGGCUUUCGAAAAUGACGCAACCCAAAAAGUCUGCGUUCUUUAUGGAGAUCAUGGUACUUUCUGUGCUGGUUUCGAUCUUCAUGAAGUCGCAAAGUACAACUCGGGCCAAGAAUCUGUGGAGUAUCGUGGCCCAACUGUCGAUCCUACACAAACAGUUGACGGUCGAAACAAUGGCCCGAUGGGUCCUUCAAGAAUGCAAGUCAAGAAACCUGUCAUCAGUGCAGUCUCAGGAUACGCUGUGGCUGGCGGAUUGGAGCUCUCACUCAUUGGUGACAUGCGCGUCGUCGAAGAAGAUGCCGUUUUUGGCAUAUUUUGUCGAAGAUUCGGAGUACCGCUUAUUGAUGGCGGUACUGUUCGACUCCAAGCCAUAAUUGGUCUAGGCCGAGCCAUGGACAUGAUCCUCACAGGACGAACCGUAAGGGCUGACGAGGCACUGCAAUUUGGCCUUGCCAACCGAGUUGUCCCCAAGGGUCAGGCAUUGACAGAAGCUACCAAGAUUGCUAAACAGCUUCUAACAUUUCCCCAAGAUUGUAUGAAUGUUGAUCGAUCUAGCUGCUACUAUUCUGUGUACAAUGCUAGCUCCUUUCAGGAUGCUCUGAGGAAUGAGUAUGAGAAUGGUGUCAAGGUCAUCAAUACUGAGAGUGUAAAGGGUGCUGCAGCUUUUAGUGGUGGAGUGGGUAGACAUGGCGUGUUUGAAACAGCCAAGUUCUGA